AUGAGUCCUAUUUGGGCAUCCGUGAGAGUUGUUCUCAAGGCAAGUUCCUGUGCCAGGGUCAAUGACGAGAAUGACAAGGGAACUGACAAUCUGGAUUCUGUGAAGCUUCUCCUGUGGCUUGGAGCAGAUUUCAAUGCCAAAGGAGGGAAGCAUCGAAAUGCAAUUAAUGCAGCGAGCGCGGGAGGUCAGGUCAAGGUCGUUCAAUGUCUGCUCGAUGCCGGUGUGGAUAUCGAAUUCUUGGACGGCCACUAUGGAAAUAGUGUGCAGAUGGCUGCAUUUGCCGAACACGCAGACGUACUACGUCUACUAGCGGAGGCAGGAGUGGAUGUCAAUGCUACUAGCGCAUAUCAGGGAACGGCGCUCGUUUCAGCCGCUCAAAAUGCCCACGCGGGGAUUGUUCAGCUGCUGUUUGAGUUGGGGGUGCCAACCGGGGAUACCUACGAGGUGGUUGAAGUUGUCAACCUCCUGAUUGAAAAUGGGGCAGUUACAGACAAUUGCAGCACCAUUUCAACAAAUCCCUGCUGCACACCCUUGGAGGCUGCAGCCGUGAAGGGGAAUCUGGAUAUGGUUCGUCUGUGGCUUGAUCUGGGUGCCGAUGUGAAUAUCAUAAACGAUAAGAAGUACGGAACAUCUCUAAUUGCAGCUUGUCGGCUAAAAGUCAGGUAUUCUUGUUGCGGAGUUCUUGCUUGA